CUUAAAAACUUAUCUUCAGUGCGAAACAGUACAACACGAAAAUCAAUAUGCAAAUAAUGUUUACAUGCGCCACCUAUGGAUUAUAUAAUUAUGCCCCCGGAAGCAGGGUAGUAUAGGAAUUUCCGGUGACGUCAGUAUGUCUGGACUCCAUUAGGGGCUGCAGCUGUUUUGAGAGAAACAACAACAAAAAACGGAGAGACAGCCGAGAGAAACAGAGCGUUUUUGGCCGGGUUAAGAGCUCUGAAUCCCGGGAACUGACACCUCCUUUCCCAUCCCCGGGCCCACCGGCUUCUAACCACGGCCGCUCUCGGCGAGGAAACUCUGGCCUCCGCUUCCUCCUCCUCCGACUCGGACACCGGCGGAGCGUCGCCGCCCCCGCGGAAGAAACACCGAGCCUCGGCGGCGGAGGGAGCAGGAGAGCCCGGGGCUUCGACAGGGACAGCGGGCCUCUCUGCGGUGGUGUUAGGACUUGCAACUUCUCCACAUCCUUCUGCUACGCCUGCCAUCCACAUUAACAGAAACCUCGUUAACAGUAACAUUAAUAACAUGCAGUCCAACGGGGCAGGACAGGGACAAGACCAGGAGCUUUCCUGCCUUACUACCGCACAAAACGGAGAGUCCUCUUCCGCCGGGGGUGCACAUUCGAACGGACUGAUAUCUAGUAGUAACAACGGGAAUAAUGUCAGUAAUAAUGGGGCUUCUUCGGGGGUACCUUCUGGGGCCCCAGCCACCUCUAGCGCUGCUGCCUCUGGCUCGGAGGUUGGGGCUACCAUGAAGAAAAAGAAAAGGCUCUCGCAGUCUGAGGAAGAUGUCAUCAGGCUCAUAGGGCAACAUCUCCAUGGGUUAGGCCUUAACCAAACAGUUGAUCUCUUAAUGCAAGAGUCUGGAUGCCGUUUGGAGCACCCUGCUGCCACCAAAUUCCGCAACCACGUUAUGGAAGGGGAGUGGGACAAGGCUGAAAAUGACCUCAAUGAACUGAAGGCAUUGAUGCAUUCUCCUAAUGCUAUUGUGAGAAUGAAGUUCUUGUUGCUGCAGCAAAAGUACCUGGAGUAUUUAGAAGAUGGGAAGGUACUUGAAGCACUUCAGGUCCUGCGAGGUGAACUGACACCACUAAAGUACAACACAGAUCGUAUUCAUGUCCUUAGCGGGUAUCUUAUGUGUAGCCAUGCUGAAGAUCUUCGUGCAAAAGCUGAAUGGGAAGGAAAAGGGACAGCUUCACGGUCUAAGCUUCUUGACAAACUACAAACAUACCUGCCUCCGUCAGUGAUGCUGCCCCCUCGCCGUUUACAGACGCUGCUGCGGCAGGCAGUGGAGCUGCAGCGGGACCGGUGCCUCUACCACAAUACCAAACUGGACGGGAGCCUGGACUCUGUCUCCCUACUAAUAGAUCAUGUCUGCAGCAGGAAACAGUUCCCUUGUUACACCCAGCAAAUCUUAACAGAACACUGUAAUGAAGUGUGGUUCUGCAAAUUUUCAAACGAUGGCACUAAACUAGCAACAGGAUCAAAAGAUACCACUGUUAUUAUAUGGCAGGUUGACACAGAUACUCAUCAGCUAAAGCUAUUAAAGACCUUAGAAGGGCAUGCGUAUGGUGUUUCUUACUUGGCCUGGAGUCCUGAUGAUAAUUACCUUAUAGCAUGCGGUCCUGAUGACUGUUCUGAACUGUGGCUUUGGAAUGUACAGUCCGGGGAACUGCGGACAAAAAUGAGUCAGUCACAUGAGGACAGCUUAACAAGUGUGGCAUGGAACCCCGAUGGAAAGCGUUUUGUCACGGGAGGGCAGAGAGGGCAGUUUUAUCAGUGUGAUUUAGAUGGUAACCUACUGGACUCCUGGGAGGGUGUAAGAGUGCAGUGUCUCUGGUGCUUGAGUGAUGGGAAGACUGUCCUGGCUUCAGACACACACCAGCGGAUACGGGGUUACAAUUUUGAGGACCUUACUGAUAGGAACAUAGUGCAGGAGGAUCAUCCGAUAAUGUCUUUCACCGUUUCAAAGAAUGGAAGAUUAGCUUUGUUAAAUGUAGCAACUCAGGGAGUUCAUUUAUGGGACUUGCAGGAUCGUGUUUUAGUGAGAAAGUAUCAAGGGGUCACACAAGGAUUUUAUACAAUCCAUUCAUGUUUUGGAGGCCAUAAUGAAGACUUCAUAGCCAGUGGUAGUGAAGACCAUAAAGUUUAUAUCUGGCACAAACGCAGCGAGCUGCCAAUAGCUGAGCUGACGGGACACACACGCACAGUCAAUUGUGUUAGCUGGAACCCACAGGUCCCUGGCAUGAUGGCAAGUGCUUCUGAUGACGGCACAGUUAGGAUAUGGGGACCAGCACCAUUUGUAGACACCCAGGAUUUUGAAGGUAUCAAUGAGGAUUGCAGUAGCAUGGAUAGUUGAUGGUGACUUUGGAGUGGACGACUUCUCUAAAAGAAAAAAAUAAUUAGUUGCAUUCUAAAUGGCUCUGGAGUUGGUGUAACACAAUCUUGAUUGAUUAUUGGACAGAAAUGAUCUUCAUUUAAACAAGAAAAAAGACAACCAUCAAUGGCACUCAAAUAAGGAGCCAAGCAUCCUACCAUCUUGCUUCAUAGUAACAAAGAAGAAGCACGCCGUUAGAACACAGUUGGACGCCAUGUUGAAAUAUCUCCAUUGGUUUGUGAAGAGCUGUGAUACAUUGAGACUAUCCAUUGGACUCAGCAACUUUUUCCCUGACAGUUUUGGUCUAGCAACUCUUUCUUGUUGUUCUUCUACGUAAUGGAGUUAAAAUGCUUGUUUGGAUUUUUUAUUUAACAGUUUAGAGGGCUUGAUUAGUGAAAAUGGAGUGCUUUAGUCUGAAGAAUUUACACUUAAUAGGAGAACUCUUUUAUCCUUUUUGUUUAUUCAUUUUUAAAACUGAGACCCCGAGACUCCUAGCCCCCAUUUGGUUUUGAAUCUCUACAGCACGGUUCAUGGUUUCACACAGAAUCACACUAUUGGAGAAAAAAAUAACUUCCUUAGAGUAUGUACAGGAAUGGCUUGUGUUAGAUUAUGGAGUUAGAUUACAUGGAGUAAUCCUGAAGGAUCACCUUUAAUGUUCAUGGACUUAUGUCCAUGUGAUAUUUAUCACUAUUCUCCGAAGGCUUAUAAAAAAUGUGCAUCCUGUAUCUCUUCACACAGGAACAGAUCUUGAACCUUCCCCAAUUGACUCUGUAAAAUUGGUGCUAUAUGUAUAUACAGACUUAAGUUGUUUAGAGGCAAAAUUCACAGUUGAUUUCACACAUGAAAGUUUGGACGAGGCUAUUUUGCUGCUUAAGUCUCUGAUAGUGAGCACAUUCUACUUAAAGGAUUAAUGAUUUUUAAAAAUGUCAACACUUGUUUUUUUUCAAGUAUAUAGUUCUAAACAUCUGGAGGAUAAAGCAAAAAGUAAAUGUUUUUCUGUGUCAGGCUGGAACUUGCAAGGUAUGUUGUAUUAUUUUCAGAUAGAAUGAUACAAAUGUACAGCUAUCAGUUAAUGAUAUAAUAAUUGGGCAUUUAAAUAAAACACAUCUUUUGAGAAGGCAACACAUUUGAGAUUUUUUUUCUUGAAAAAAUUCAGCUUGGAUUUUUUUUAGUCUACAGUUUCAUCCCAGUGUUUGGACAAUGGCAGUUUUUAUUUUCCUUUAUACUUGUUUGUAUAUGGCGACACAUCCAGCUCAUAAUAGUAGAUUUUAUUAAUGGUUACAGAUAGUCUGCUUCCCCGAUUUUUUUCUAAAUUAAAAUUCAAAUACACUACUCUUCACCUUUUUAUAGUGACUUCGAUUUAUUGGCUGGUGCUUCUUAGAAUAGCCUUUUAACGCCAAACAUCUUUUAACGGAAGCUCAAGCUCUAUGAAAACAGUGGUUUUAGUGCUAUGCUCAAUUAAUGUCAAAGCUGUAGAACAGAACUCAAGUGGCUGAUCUCAAAGAUAAAAGUUUAAACAUACUAGUUAUUUUGUAUUUUGGCUAUAUUUUGAUUUAUUGUAAUAGAAAAUGUUAAAAAUUUAAAGAAUGAAAAGGGAUUAGUUUUUGGGUACUAAUUGGUUUGUAUAAAUAUUCAGACCUACAGAUAAAUAUUUUUUAAGUACUCAUUUUUAAUUUUUAUUAUAUAGGACAUUCAGAAUAUUCUGUUUAUUCCAUACUGAUAAAACUCCUGAUGUUUAUAGAUCAUUAUUACCACAAUAUAGCUUAAAUAUUUAUACAUACUAAGGAUAUCAUUAAUGAGCAAUGUAUUGUAUCUUCACAAUGUUUAGUUGUGGAGUAAAUUAAUUGAACGUUAAAUUUAGCGCCCUUUCUUUUAUAGUCACAUUAGUGUUUUUUUCACACUUGGCGAUCAAGGCAUUUCCUUUUGUUUUAUAGCAUUCAUUGUCAUCUCAAGGAGAUGAAACUCAUUGUUUUAAGAUCUUGUUACUCCAGUUGUUCCUGUUCCAAGUUGGAAAAGGCAACUAUAACAUUUCCCCGAGCAUGCGACCUGUGUGUUGGGUCCCUAAAAACAAGGACUUGAACCCUGAUAGAAUAUAUCUCACCAGAUUGUAUUUAAACGUCAGAUAAUAGGUCUACAAUGCACCACUAGGACCACCCUAGGGAGAGGCUGUCAUAGCCACCUGGACCAGUAUGCUAAAACUAAUUUUGCUUGAAUGUUAAUUUGCUUAAUGUGUGUAGCACUGAUUUAGACCUGCACAACACCACUUACGUUUUGGACAUGUAGCAUUUAGCAAAGUUAAUUAAGACAUUUACGAUACUCUGCCAUGAAGGUAGAAAUUAUUCGAGGCCCUUCAAAAAGCCAUUCUUCCUCUAAACACCCUUUAAGAUGGCAAACAUUUAAAAUGAACAUUUCAAAGCAAUUCUGAUCCCUGUUUAAGGUGUUAGUUGGUGUUAGAACAUAUAAUCGAACUUGUGCUUAUUUUGUUUUACGGGUGCAUGCUAAGCAGUGUCAAAGUUGUGUAAGGCAAAUACAUUUCAUUAACAUAAUUCUGAAGUCCAUAAAUCCAUGUUUAGUGAAGUGUUGGCUAUAUCGUACAUACAAAACAGGGUGACACAAUCUAAUGUGGUUAGAAAAUGACUGUUAAUAUAUCUAGAAAGUUUGAAGCAUAUCCAGCAUAUCCAGUUGUUCAAAAAUGUACAAAUUGAAGCCUUGAGGUCUUGAAGCCUUGAGGUCUGUGUUAAGGAUUUUAAGUAAUUUUCCUUCAUGUCCAGUUGUUUGCCAAAAUGUUAUGUAAAGUGAAAAGAAGGCAGUUAAAUUGUUCAGUUUACACGUUACAAGUGCUUUUUAAUAACAGUUUUCUGAUCUGUUCUAAUAGUGUUUAAAUGGAAAAAUAGGGUGUAUCCCACGUCAUUGACCAAGCUAUGCAAGUGGUGAUAUUGCUGCGUUCCUCAGUUAACCUUUAGAUUUGCAAUUUUGUUUUUUACUUAAGACUACCCAUAGGCGGUCACUGGAAUAUGGGAAAAUCAGUCAAGAAAGCCUGGUCAAAAGAUAAGUUUUUUGAAGGGAUUGUUUUAAUGGAACAAAACAUGAGAUCAUCUUGUUUUGCAGUGCACAUGGGAGAGGGGUAAAAGUGUACUGUGGCCAAAACACUGCAGGGGAGUGGGAGGUGAACAGUCAAAAUUAUAAGAAACUAAACCUCAUGAUAAUUUAGUGAGUAAAAUAAUUAAAAUUCAUUUGUUUAUAAAUCGGUAUCUUCAGAUUUGAUAAUUAAUAGAAUCAACUAAGGAGUUCAAAGAAAGAGCUGACUCCUCCCCCCAAAAAACUUCAAAAUUCAAAUACGAUUCUACACCAGUUAUCCUUCUUCAGACAUCUGGAAACAUUUCAAUAGAACUACUUUUUAAAGUGAAAAUAUAAAGAAUUUUUAAUUAAACACCUUUUUGAACAAUAUCAUUUUUCAGAUUCCAUAACGGCAGAACCUUAUAAUUAUUUUUGCCUAUCCUAAAAUUUGCUUAUUCCUCUAUGGUCAAAAACAUUUACACUUUUUCUAUAUUAAUUUUUUAAAUGUCUCACUUCAGCCAAGGAUUGUGCUUUGCAUUAUUUUGAUCACCCACUGUUAAUCCUGACAAGAUGCAUUCAGUCAACUGUUAGAUUUUAUUGAAUACUUUUGCUUCUAGUUUAGUUCCUUAAGGAAAUUUCCAAAUGCUUGCAAUCGUAUACCAAUGUGAACCAUUUGUUGUCAGGUUAAACCUUGUUUGCACCGUAUAGAUAGUAAAUGAGGCUGUUCAAUCUUUUCCACAUUUGUAGACUUAGAGACUUGAUGGAAGAAGAGAAAGUGUAUUUAAGGCCUUUGACAUUUUAUUUAAUUCCCUCGUUUUAACAUUUUUAUUACCUUAUCGAAAAUAUGCAUAUCAACAUACACCAUGGUUGUUAAAGGUUUCAAGAGGAGCAGUUUAUAGUCAAUUAUAGUUUGAGCCCCAAAGGAGCAAUAAUUAGACCACUUGGCAUUUCAGAACUGUGGUAAUGUUUUGUAAUUACAAUCAGUUAUAUCACAUUGUGUUUUUUGUGUAUAAAUGACUUUUUAAACAGUUAAUUUAACAAAUGGAAUAGAAAAAACAAAAUACAACAUACAAAAAUCACACAAGAUAGGAGCUUCCACAUGACAGAAUUAUGUGCAUCACGACAGAACUUUACUGAAUUGUCACAUCUUUUGAUUCUUAGAAUUUUGCCACCAUGAAAACUUUUGUAAAACAGUUUGCGAUUCUCCUUGUCUUAUAGCCAGCUCUCAUAAGAGUUAAGAGUAUAACAACAUUAGUUACAACAGUGGUUCAUCGUACUCAUUUUCAUACUGUAAAGAAUCCCUAAAAGCCAGCACCCAGAAUCUAGUUUUGCAGUUUGCAGUACAUUGAGAAUCUUAGUCUUUAAUUUUAUUGUACCCAAUUAAAAAGGAAUUACACAAUUGGGAAUAUGAGGCAUUAUUGUUGUUACUUGUUACUUGAUUUAUUCUUUCUAUUCUGUUUAAAAUCAAGUGUGUCAAAAUCAAAUCAGUGCAGUAGCAGAUUCUGUUUCAAUACAUAUUCAACCUUUUCUUUCAGAUAGAAUUUUAAAACAAUUUGAAAUUCCCUUCUUGCCUCAUUAGAUCUGUUUAGUAAUGUAUACCUUUUGCUUCAAUGAGACAGAAUGUAUCGUUUUCAAAUUCUAAUAUACGAUGAUAGUGAUGUUGUCAAGGGGUAAUAUUCUUAAAUGUUGAAGAGCUGCACAUGUGGUUGACCAUGGUGUAUUUUUUGGUCUUUGCCCCUUUUGUGUCCAAAAUGAUUUGCUGCUACAUACAUGUAUUCACAAUUUUUUCCAUUGUUUAUGGGAUUAAGAGACUGCCUUUUUUGACAGCUGUCAGUACUGUUUGAGUGGCAUGUCUAAGAUUUCCAAAAUCAUUCACGUUAUGAAAUCUUUUCAUCUGUAUGUGAUUUAAAGUGCAUUGUGACCAACGUACCAGUUGCUAUUUAAAUACAUUUUUUAACUAGCCAGAUGCACAUGCAGUUAGUUGUCUAAUCAGGGCGUCAUUAUUCAUUCUGUUUUAUUUGGGUGAUUAAUAGCUUUAGAGUUAAUAUUGUCAUUAAUGGAUUUCAUGUUUAUUCCUGUCUCAGGAUUAAGACCUUUGGCACAGAAUGUGAAGUAGCUCAAUUCAUGCUUUGUAAGUACUACACUUGUUAACUAAUUUAAUUAAAUUUUUUCUUAAUUCAUUCAUGUUAUUAGUUAAACCAGAUUAUGUUAACUUGCAGCACAACAAUCCCUACUACUUGGCUAGACUGUGAGCCUUCAGUGAGAACCACAUCACUCAUCUGGUUAAUGCUGAUAUUGUAGACACUGAGGUGUAAAAAUCUGGGGGAAAAUGGUUCUUAUUAGUAUGCAUUUCAAAAGAAAACUUGCAUACUAAUUUUUCCCCAAUAUGCUGGCUCAGUAGUAAAUUCAGUAUGAUUAGCAGAUGUUUAAUGAAGUAAUUUAAAUAGCUGAGUUCGCAAUUGUUGAACAAACAAGACCAGCAGUUACUUGUGUCUUUUCAUUAUGAAAAUUAGUGUAGGUAAUAGUAACCGAUAUGGAGCACUGUGAUUCCAUCAUUUAAAUUGUGAAUUUUAAACUUCACAAACUUUUUUUCUAUGACUUGUAAUGCCUACUCUAAGAAUGUACCUCAUUACUUAAUUAUCCAAGAUGGUGGGCUAAGCAGGUCCUUCUCAGCAAGCCACCUAAAUAUUUAAGCUAUAUCUGACCUUAUUAGCCAGCUGGGUGUAUAUAAGAAAAUGAGACCCAUUCUCCUGGUUUUUUCUAUUUGUUACUUGAUACAGCCAGGACUUUCACCAGCAGCCUUGUACUUGAUCCCUUAUACACCCACCCAUAUUCUAAUUUAUUAUAGUGGUUACUAUAGCAAGAUUUAUAGAGUUGUUUUAUAACCAACUAAUAGUAUUAAAAACUGUUUACCUUCCUAUCAGUCAUUUCUAGUUAAUGUUGGUUGGUUCACAAUAGCAGUUUUUAUAUAUGUAUGCACAUAUAAUAUAGUAGUUUGUUUUUUUUUCAAGAAAAGUAGGUUGCUAUGAAUCAGAGAUAUGGAUAUAAUUAAGCUUUAAUAAGCUCUUUCCCAUUAUAUAUAAUAUAUAUAUAGACUAUGUUUUCUUAAAUGGAUAUAGGUUGAUUAUAAGCCACAUUUUUUAGGGCAGGACCAGUUUGUAUCUUUGACUUGCAUUUUGCUUGUGUGGUUUAUUGAAUAUUUUAUUCUUAAACAGUUUAACUGAGCAUACAGCUGCAUUAAUGGUGGCCUGAACAGGCCAUUUCUUUAGAGCUGCUCUGUCUGAAAGUGAAAAGAUUGUUUUGACAAAUUUGUGUUGCAUACAAAUGAUAUGCGCAUUCUUGUGUGUUACUCAGAUCGGAACAAUUGCUUUUUAGCUUGAUGAAAACUAGCUAAUCCUUUAAAAGUACAAUCUCUUUAUUAGUACAAACUCUGUUAUUAAUUAUCAUUCCCACCUUUUGCCAAAAUAACAUGUUCCUGAUUAUAAUUUGAGCCUUUCUGUUCAGUUUCAUAAAUGCACAAGUGUGGUCUUAAUACAUGAACCGAGCUGCAGAGAGUGAUAGUACCAUCUAUACUCACUCAUCGCAGAUUACUAAACUGUCAAGAUUUCUAUGAAGUUGUGGUGGAUCUAGUUACAUUUAGAGCUUUUUGGUAUGUAAUGACUAUUUGCUAUGGACUGAUAUUAAAUGUUGAAAAAGA